CGUCUGAGUGUUCCGAAGUGUUAUUUAAUGGCGUAUUAUGUUUUGAUAGAAUGUGAAAAUAAAAACAAUUGUCGAUCUUAUUUAUUUUAAUGAUCAAGGACGUUCAAACUAAAGAAAUAAUGCCUUGGAAAUUUGGAAACUUUGGGGGUAUGCAGGAUUUCCUGAAGAAAAAAGCAUGUCGUUUCUUUUUACAACAUUAUUUGGGCCAGUUUCUCAAACAGAAACUAUCACUAGAUCAGCUGAGUUUAGAUCUUUACAAUGGCAACGGAAAGAUAACGGAUCUUAAUCUCGAUGUACAGGCUGUUAAUGAUGAGCUGUCGAGUCUAGGUGUCCCAGUUGAACUGGUUGAUGGUUUUGUGGAAUGUAUCUCUGUCACUGUGCCCUGGUCAGCUCUCGUCAAUGACAGUACUAGGCUGGAAGUGACGGGGCUAGAGCUGACACUGCAGCCAAUACAAAGAGAAGACAAUGGCAUGAUGGCUGGGGAGAUGUUCAGCAGCAUGCACUCGAGUAUGACAGCAAGUCUACAGCUGGCCAAGGAGUGCCUCGAGGCAGACAAGGAAGGCCCUAAAUCUGACCCCAUAGAAGGCGUCCAAAACUUUGCCUUCAUGAUUGACUCGGUGCUGUCAAAGAUUAGAGUCACUUUGAACAACACAGUUAUCCGCUUGGAGCACAAGCCAAUCGGUGCUGAAAGGGGCGUGGCUUUAGAAGUGAGGAUCAGAAGGAUUGAGUACUUUGAUGAGAUGGCCACAACUAGUGAUGGGACGUCAGUAGAUGACAAUGCCUCCUUUGAACCUGCUGCAUUUGUGCUCAAGAACCUGCAUCUAGAGGGUGUCCAGCUGUAUUAUGAUGAGAUUGGGGCACAACAGUCACCCAGCAGGUCCUGUAGCAGCUUGUGGGGAUCACCCACACAGAUGUUCCUGUCAGCCCGGAGCAUGCCUGCCAGUGGGGAGUACCAGUCAAUGUCCAAGUCAGACGCUGACCAUCCCCCGGCUCUUCCUGAGCCCAACCAGGUUGCCAUAGUUACAGGUCGCCAGGAGAUCAGGCUGAAACUCAAGCAGAAUGACGCGCUGCACGGACCCAAGUUGGAGAUCAAUUGCCAGUUUGGGGGUGUACAUGUAUUGCUCUGUCCACGCCAGCUGCAUGGGCUGAUGGAACUUCUCUCUACCCUAACCACCUCAGACCCAGCCAAUGAGAAAGCAAGAGGUCGGUCUAAUGUUCAGAACAGACCCAUGAAAGCUGAUGACCUUGACAGAGUGCAGUGUGACCUUCAGCAUCAGCUGCAGUCUGGUCGCAUUCAAAGCAACAACCUGGCAAGUUUACAAGAGUACUCACUUCUAGAUUCAAACUACAUGUUGACUAGACAUGUUGAAAUUCCCACUGGUGAGGAAGAUGAUCGGUUCCACUCUAUGGCUGGGCCGGGCCCCGGCAGUGACAUGGAGUCCUCCUUCUCUAGCAACUACAGUGCCACCAGUACCCGCACAAGCAGCACCGCACCAUCAGGCACAAGUCUUCCAAGACAAAACAGUAGAGGACCAAGAGAUCAGGGUGGGUCCUCCAAGUUCCGUGAAGACCCAAGUGCCGAGUUGAGCCACUACCGGAUCAGGGUAGCCUUCUUCUCUGUGUCAGUGCUGCAUUCCAACCCCUCUGUGACCCCUGACCUCCCCAACAUGACCCCCCUGGAGAUGAUGAAGGCUGCUGCGGGACAGUUCUUCCAGAGGGUGGGAGGGGUUACAGCUGCUGGGAUGACUCAACUGAAGGACAUUUGCCAGCAGAUGUCGGGGCUGCUGACACAAGAUCAUCUGAGGUUACUGGGUCGGCCCCUGACCCUCGAGUGCAAUCAGAGGUCAGCAAUGAGGCAGGUCAGCACGACCCUGCAGCUGACAGUGGGUGUGGCAGAGCUUGUAGAGACCCUCUACCCUGGCAGAGGUGUGAACACACAGCCGCAGUACAGUGAGAUAGUGUCAUUUAUCAAGGAUGGCAGCGAGCUCCCCAAGAGUUCCCUUCUCAGCAGUAUGCAGGGGGGCGCACCGUGCUUCUGUAUGCAGGUCAGCUCCUACACAGGCACAAAGCAGUCAUCUCGACACGGCAGCUUGCCAGAGGUGAAUGUUAAGAUAACUUUGGGUGAGAUGCAGCUGGAGUUGGACGUAACGAUCAUUGACCGAAUCACGAGUCUUACCAACCCAGAGAAGGUUGUCACCCCAAGACCCAUGCCUGGAGCCUCAAUGUACUACACUUUAGGGCAUUAUAGCAUCAGCGAAGCAUUAAAUGAAGGCAGCUCUGGGCGGGAACAGAAGCUUAGUCUUGAGGUGACCAGUCCUCUGGUGGCGGUCAACGUCCGGUUCCCAAUUCCCGACCUGAGGCGUGACUCCCACGUUGACAAGUCCUGGUACCGGCGCAACCUGCGAGACGACUUCCUCACGCUACAGAUGCAGGAGGCUCUGGUACUGGUAAAGUUCAACACAUCACAGGAACUAGAGGAAGUGCAAAUAUCAUGCUCGGAAAUCAACGGUUACUACAAGUACAGCCAAGGUGAUGCCAGCCUCCACUUUGCCCAUGUGCUGGGGGAGGGUGGUGGUUUCAACAAUCCCAUGAUUCAGCUGCAGUUCUGUAACAGCACGCCCUCGGUGCUGGAGGACGAUCAGUACGGGGAGGAUGUGGUGACGCCUGGUGACUCACUAAAUGGAGCGUGUUCAGAUCUGCCCAAGGUGGAGCCCUCCCCUUUCUCUGCUAGACGCCACAUGCAUGACCGCACACAUGACUCUGGCACUGGGUCAGACCACACUGAGCAGAUGGUCCUGCCGUCGGACCGGGAGGAGGUGAGAGAGUUCAUGGAGUGCUCGGCCAGCAAUGCCAGGAUGAAGGUGGAGAUCAGCCUGCCCAAGGUCUGCCUCUUCAUGCCAGAUAAACACUUCUUUGAAGUGCUCUAUAACAGGCUGAACAAUGACAUGUUGCUAUGGGAGCCCAGUGCCCCUGCCCCAGUGAAGGCAAUGCCAGAACACCACAGCAUGCUGGGAAACGUGGACCUGAACGUCUACAACCAGCUGAUGUACACUGGUGACCACUUCGAGAUGGCCAAGUCUGGACUUCAACUGGAUUCUGAUUCGGACACCGACUCGGAGAGCGUCAACCUGUACAGUAUACAUGACAGUCGAUAUCUGCGUAAUCGUCGGUCGCCCAGGCAACAGCAGAGCAAAAUGUGCCUCACUCUGACCAUAGGCCGGGGCAGACUGACUGCCUUCACUGGCUCGAAGGACGUGGAAGGCGUGGCCCAGUCUGACCGCCACGGGGAGGUGCUGAUACAGCUGCUGGACCUCCAGCUGUUCACAGUGUCCGCCCACGGAGGGGACCCCAACCUACAGUACCUCAACAUCCUCGCCAACAAGGUUGACCUCUACCAUAAUGCUAGUGUAUCCACGUCUAGCAGUGAGGGGCCGGUGGUCCACUGUAGUGAGCUUUCCCGCCCAGUACCCCAUCAGUUGCAGGCCCACAAGGUCAUCUACAGGUCAGAGCCCGGGGUGCUGGUCAAUGUGCGAGACCCAGUUGGGCAGGGGGCAGCAAACUCACUGGACAUGCUCACUGUCGCCCUCAAAAUCAGGCUGGAAACCAUCACGUCAAAACGAGAGCUGAUUUCAGACGAGGUCGUUAAGGAGUUUGUUGUUUCUGUGGGUGUUCGAGGAGCAACGAUGAGGUACAAAAUGUCCCUGCCAUGUCAGAGUGUGUUCAGUCAGCUGAUGGAGUUUCUGGAUGUGAAAGAUUAUCCUAUAUUAGGAUACGUGGACCCUAAAGUUCUCACUGAACUUCAUGUGCAUUUAUGGACCUGUGCAAUAGACUACCGUCCAGAAAAAUUGCCUGUACAGACUGUGAUAUUAGCCGAGUCUUUCACGAUUUCUAGCAACAUAGUUUCUGAGUCUGCUGCAUCAGUACUUAGGUUUGUUUUGGAAGAUGGUUCCUUGUUCAUUGGCAAGAAACAUAAGAGACCUAAUAUUGACUUGAAGAAAGACUUGGUUUGUGUUGCUGAUAUCAGUAGGCUGGAGUUGUUGCUGAGGUCAACUGCAGGCAAUAACCAACAUGUUCCAAAGACAGACCUGUCAAUAUCAUCCAACCAUGUGAAUAUCCGUACCUGUGCUGACAGCCUGACGGCGCUGAUUGAGCUCAUUCAGUAUGUGGCAGCAGACGGUGACCUCAAGUCAGCAGACGACAUGGAGGAUCAGGUGGCAGACCCUGACUCAGAGCUCAACACUCAGAAGGCUGAUGUGGAACCUGUGGCCCCCCAGCGUAUAACCCCGCCAUUGACCAUCUCUAGUGUGGACCAUGUGAACAACCUGAUGUCAGACGCCAUGAUGGAGGAGUCACAUGCCUCCCAAAGCUACUCUCCUCCAGACUCACCAGACGGGUCCCCUCCUAGCCUGCGACCCACUGAAGUGUUCUUUGUGCCGCGGGACGACCUCUCCAGUGACUUGUCUCUAGGGCUGACCAGUAGAGAGCCCAUUGUGAUCACACAGAACAUGGACAGUGUUACCAGCAGCACCAUAUCUGCACUGUCAGGAGGGGAUGUGGGGGGAGAGGAGGAGGGGGAGGACGGCCAUGACAGCUUCUGUCUCAUUGAUGAGCAGCCCUGGGGCAAGAGUGAUGGACCAGAACCUUCCAUUCACGUGCACUCCUCAACGCCUAUAGAGAUCCAGGACGGCUACUUCACACAGCCAUGUGGUCGGGCUGACCUACUGAACGCCCCUGAUGGGUUCCCCCUGGCGUUGAGCCGGUACACACUGAAGGAGCUCACGCUGGUCUGGUACAUGUAUGGAGGCUCAGACCUGGAGCAGGAGCUCAACACAGAGCAGGAACAUGCAACUGCAGACAGACAGAGGGAGGGCAUGUCUGUGUCGUAUCACAAGAGUUCCCCAACCACCAACCGCUGGGUGGGCCAGGCUGCUGGGCGGGAGGCCCCCCUCGUAUCCAGGGAGACCUUGCAGACCCGGGGAGGGCCCUUCAGGGACACCAGCAAGUGCAUGGAGGUCCAGCUCACCAAGGUGCGGUUCCGCCAUGAGGUGUACCCUGCCAGUGCUGUGCAGUCGUCCCGUCAAGUGUUCCUGGUCAGUGAUGUUGAGGUCCGGGACAAGCUGCUCUCCUCUCAACUCAACAAGUUCCUCUACCAGUACUCCUCAGAAAGUCUGCCCAAACAGACCUACUCCAACAUGGUGAACAUCCGGGCGGUGCACAGUCGUCCGAGUGCCAGUUCCAUGGAGGAGGAGUGUGCCCUCAGGAUGUCCCUGCAGCCCCUCAGACUCAACAUAGGACAGGAUACCUUAUUCUUCCUAAAGAAAUUCUUCACUGAGUUGUCUGGCAAGGAUGAGCCCAUAGCCUCCCCUGGAGCUGAGAAGACCCCGCCCCCUGCUGUAGGCCCGGCGCAGGCUACCCCUCCACCUGUCAUGUCCGUGAACAGGAGCAGUUCUGAUGAUAGACCCACAGAGCAGAACCUACUCAUGCAGUUUGAUGAGCUCACGCAGGACCUCCAGGCCAGUUUCCGUGGUAGUCCAGUUGAAGGUCAUGGUGAGGGGUCAAGGUCAGACACGAUGACCUCCAGUGUGUCCAGUAGCAACACGGUGACCUCUGAAGCUGGAAGGGCGUCGCCUCCCGUAUUUAUCAAGACAUUUGUGUUUUCUCCUGAAGUGCCUAUCAUUUUAGACUACCAUGGAAAGUUCGACAGUGAACAUGGCACGCUGGCAGGCCUGGGAGGAUUGGUGUCUCUCAACAAGGUGGAACUCAAACUGAAAAGGCUCUCAUACAAGAAAGGACUGCUUGGCCUGGACAGGGUGUUGAAGUUCUGUGGCAAUGAGUGGCUCACAGACAUCCGAGUCAACCAGCUGCCCACCAUCGUAGGAGGCUUCGGACCUCUGCAUGCCUUUGUUCAGCUCGGUCAUGGGGUGAAGGACCUGUUCUGGCUGCCAGUGGAGCAGUACAGACGUGAUGGGCGCCUCAUGAGGGGUCUUCAGCGCGGGGCUUCCUCAUUCUCCAUGUCUACAGCCAUGUCCAUGCUGGAACUGACCAACAGGCUAGUCCUUGGAAUACAGUGGUGUGCAGAGUUGACGUUUGACAUGGUGUCUCCUGGUCCAAGAAAACGUGGCUACUUCUCGCGGCAGCCGGCUGACCUGAGGGAGGGCAUGUCUAACGCUUACAUUGUUCUCAGAGAGGGCUUCUCUGACACGGCCCACAAUCUGGUUGACAUGGCGACCAGGGAGCACAGCAGGAAAGGCGUGAUGGGGGCUGUUGGCGGGGUGUUCCGUCAGAUCCCACCAACCCUGGUCCAUCCGCUGAUCAUUGUGCCCGAGGCAGCCGCUAACGUGAUAGGGGGAUUGAAGAGUCAGCUUAAACCUGAGGUGAAGAAGGAGGAUGAGGACAAGUGGAAGGAGGAAAUCAUUGACUGAUAUGGGAAAAUCAUCGACUGAGACAGUUGAAGGAGGAACGUAUUAAUCGAGACUGUGUCAAGGAAAACGACAGUUAGGGGACCAUGAUGGCUGGCAAUCAUGAACCUUUCUGGUCACAGCUUUUAAGACUGGGCUUCUAAAAUUAGAGUCGUGCAAUUUCCAUCUGAGGGUGAUAAAGUAACAUGCAAGUUACUGCACUUAAAACUGAAUGUAAACCAUACAAUUCUUUACCUACAGUCAUGAUACACUAGGAGAUGUAUAAUAAAGCCUACUUAUACCAGAGUCCAACAAACAUUGAUGAAAAUUAGUAUAUGUUUUUACUAGGGAUGGCAAACCUGAGCAAAUCCGUAACCGGUUAACUUGUUUCGAUAUUCGAGCGGUUAACCGACUAUCGUUGUGCCACAUGAAUGAACCAAAAACAUCCGAAAAACGUAUACGUUUUUAAACAAUGCCAUGUAUAUGCAAAUAUACUAUGUCUUGUUGACUGUCUUGUAACCUAAUUACUUUAACCAUUUUUGAAUUAAAUACUGUUUCUUUACAAUUUGUGUUGGUCCUUUAAAUUGGGAAUUCAAAUUCUAAAUUUAAUAUUAUACAUUUUGAAUCUAAUACUUAAUCAUUUCCGACCCUUUUUACAUGCUUGUCGGUGAACUGUGAUAUUUCUUUGUUGUAAUAUUACCUUCAUGUCAUUUACACAUAAGUAUUGGUCUACACCUUGAUCAAUAAAAGCUAAUGCAGAAUUUGAAUUAUGUUGUGUUUUAUUAACACUCAUUAUCCUUUAAGAAUUACGUGCAUUAUCUGUUUGCUUAUUAAUAACAAUUGUCAAUAAGUGUAAAUAUAUUUUGCAAUGGGCAUAGUGGUUCCCAAACCUCUGUUGUGAAGUCCUGUUUAUACUUAAUGUCUUUAUUCUGGCGUUUUAAGUUUGUAAUAGUUGUUUAAACAUCAGUGAUCGGGUGUAAUCACAGUGUCCAGCUUUAUUGAUUUUAUCAAGCAAUGGUAGUCAACACAAUGACACAAUAGAAUGUAAAGUGCUAAACAAACACACUGCAGAGUAGGUUCUAAUUGCUCGCGUGCCUGCUCAUAAAUCCGCUGCACCCUGAUGGUCUACAACUCUAACCGCUUUUGAUCGACAGGGGGGCAUCACGGGGUGGUAAUUGCCGAUAAUUUGCGAUACAAUAAGCGGAUUAGCCAAUACAGUGACUUGAAGUAAAACAAAACUAACUAUUUGAGCAAUUAUUGCGUUCAACCAAAAAUUGUGUUUGUUCAACCAAAAAUUGUGUUUUCUGCAAGAGUAACCGAAUAUUAAUUUUGUAACCGGUUAACCUCCUUAAGAAACAGAUAACCGGUUAACUGAAUAACCGUUGCCAUCCCUAGUUUUGACAAGAAAUCUUUAUCUUACUGGUGUGUUUAAAGUUUUUCAAUUGCUUGUCAUACUUUCAACAAAAAAACAAUAAUAAAGCCAUUGCUAUGAUAACAGUACUGACAGUUGUUACUUUCCUUUAUGAUUUUCACACCAUUUUGCUGUUAGUCGAAUCAAAGCAAAUUGGUAUUUUAUUGUUAAUACCAGAGCACAAUGUACAAAAUACCAUAAGCAAGAAUUCAUUUAGUUCAUUUGCAAAAAAACUUAUCAUUACCAAGAUAAGGGGUUUAAUAGCAAAAACAGUAUCAUUGUGAAGAUAAGGGAUAUAAAAGCAAAAACAAUAUCAUUGCCAAGAUAAGGGGUUUAAUAGCAAAAGCAAUAUCAUUGCAAACAUAAUGGAUUUACUAGUGUAAAGUAUUAUUGCCAAGAAAAGGGGUUUACCAGCAAAAGUCGUAUGAUUGCAAAGAUAAGUGGUUUAAUAGCAAAGCAGUAAUAUGGCCAAGAUAAAGGCUUUACUACCAAUAACAGUAUCAUUGGCAAGAUGAGGGGUUCACUAACUAAUAAAGUAACACUGCCGAUAUAAGUUUUUACUAGAAAAUACAGAACUAUUGCAGAGAUAAAGGGAUUUUUAGCAAAAACAAUAUAAUUUGCAAGAUAAUGGGUUAACUAGUAUAAACAGUAUCAUUUGCAAGAUCGGGGGUUUACUAGCAAAAACAGUAUCAUUGCAAAGUUAAGGGAUUUACUAGAAAACACAGGAUCAUUGCCAAGAAGGGGUUUACUAGAAAAAAAACAGUAUACUGGUAAUUGCCAAGAUAAGAUGUUAACCUGAAAAAUACAGUAUAAUUGCCAGAUAAAGGGUGUUCUGUCAACAACAGUAUUAUUUACCAAAUUAAGGUGUUUACUAGGAAAAAAAACAGUAUGGUUUCCGUAUAAGGCUUUAUUAGAAAAAUAGUAUGAUUGUUUAGAUAAGGAGUUUAAAAGAAAACAGUAUAAAAUUGUCAGAUAGGGGUUAACUAGUAUAAACAGUACAAUUGCCAAGAUAAGGGGUUUACUAUACAAAAAAUGUAUCAUUGGCAAGAUAAGGGGUUUAUUAGAAAAACAGUAAAAUUGCCAAGAUAAGGGGUUUACUUGAAAAACAACAACAGUAUCAUUGCCAAGAUGAAGGGUUUACUGGCAAAAACAUUGUCAUUUCCAAGAUUAGUGGUUUUCUAGGGUGUAUAAAGUUUAUGCUAUCAGGUAAAACAUUGUUCUAGUACUGGUGACCUUGAUCUGUGAUUACUGUCAUUUAUUGUUUAUAUAAUGUAAUUAUUAUUAAGAAAAAUUGCUUGAUAUAUAUAGUUGCUUGAUGUAAGCUGUAGUACUUUCUGUGUUAGUUCCGAUGUGUUUAUUCUUUAAUAAUUUACCACUCUUUAUGCGCAACACUAUGUAUAAUUUUCAUUUACAAUGACCAUACUGGUAGACUAUUCCUAUUACUCCCAAUAGUUGUUAGAAUGGUUAGAAAGUGUCAGUGCUGUUGCAUAGUCUAUACCGGUUUCUUGUUUCAAAUUUAAGAGAAAUGCUAGUCUGCUGAUCAAUAUCUAUGUGAUUUGUGUGUAUUAUAACAUACAUGCCAUAAAUGUUCAGACCAAUCCGGGACAUUGAGUCCAAUUUUCCGGGACUUUUGCCUAUUUUCUGGGACAUGUAUACAUAAAGCGAUAAAUCCGGCACGUAUGGCAUGUAUGAUUACAAUAUCAAUAUCCGGUGCAUGCACACAUGUACACUCUAAAUAUUAAUGUACAAAUUGUGUUCACAGUAUGAUGUACAUAAGCGUUUUAAUUAAGCAUUUGUGAUUUAAAUGAGUGUUUAAUCUGUCUGUCUUUCACCGUGCUCCAGCUAGCAUUGGGAAAACGACAGGGUUGUUUUUUGUCAAAAAGACAAUUUAUCUCGCCCAGUACUUAGAUCCAUGUGGCAUAUGUUCGAUACAGCAUGUAUAUUAUAUGUAUUUCAUUUAAAAUAUUAUUCUAUACAUGUAAUUAAAAAUUCAUUUUCACUGUAAAAAUUAAGUUAAUCUAUUGAAAUUUAAAAUAUGCUAUUUUUAGUUUAAUUAGAUAAAAAAAAGGGCUGUCGCGAGUUCUGAAGGGGCAUGGUGUGACUUCAGGGCCGCAGACUAGGGCUGUGCCCUUCAUGUUAGAUCUAGCUGGAGCACUCAACAUUCAUCAACAUGAUCAUUUGCUUACCAAGCAGUAUGAUGUACUGUUGAAAACAUGUUUGUAUUUUCACUUUCUGUACAUAACACCAUGUAUUAUAUUUGAUUUUUUUUGUAUAAAGUAUGUUAAAUAAUAAUGAUUUAUUAUUAGCAUUCCCACUAGCACUUAAAAAAUUAGCCUCAUGUAUUCGAAUUGUAUCUAGUUUAAUUGAUGAUGUAUAUUUACGUUUGCUUCGUUGUUAUUCUUGCACCUGGUUGUGUGAACAAAUGGUUGUAAGGAUGUCUUUGAAAGUAAAACAGAUUUCUUAUAUUAUACUGGUAUUGGUUAUAAAGUAUUUCAACUGCACAAUUCUACAUUGUACAAUGUUAUUUGUUUCGGGAUUUCAAAUUUUAUUUAUUGGUGGCAGGUGCAUCUCUACAUUAUUGCAUUAUUUACAGUUUUGUUACUGUUGUUCAUCAAUUGGUUGCAUUUAGCUUCCAUGUAAUCGCUGAAUGAUUAUGUUCUUUUAUUAAAAAAAAGACAGUAAGAGUUUUAUAAUGUUUAUUUUACUCAAGAUAUAAAUUGUUAUUGUUUUUUGUAAAUUUUGUUAUGUAAUGCCAUUCUGUUUCCUAAUUUUGGUAUGUACACUUUGAUCAUAAACAUUAGUAAAAUAAUUAUUUUCUUGUAUCAUGUUAUGUUAAAUGUUAAAUGUCUAAGUUUGAUAUCUCAAUGUUGCUGGUUUUUGUUCAGCAAGUAUGGGUGUAAGUCUGUAAAACUUUGUUUAAUUCUUCCAAUGCCAUGUAUUGAAUAUUUUGCCGCUCUUUGUUGAAGAGUUUUUACUUUUCUGUCAUAAAAAAUGUUCAUGUGUCUCAGAGAAGAACAUUUUAUGUGAUAAAAUUAAAAAAAGAUCCAGACUUGGAUAAAAUACUGUUAUUUAGUUGUUGUAUUGAUAUAACAUUGUGUUACUUGGUUGAUCUUGUUAUGUCUGUCACAUCUUCUCUUUAAAUUGCAUGUAUGUUGUGGUUGUAAACAAUGACAUUAUUUGAAACCUGAUAACAAAAUUGUAAUUACAAUGAAAUGUAUAUGAACAUU